GUACACGUACCUUGCUAACAGUAUUCCCUCGUCCCAUUCUCCUCCUUGCCCAUAAUAUUUGGAGAGAUGGCUGGGUCACCAGUGGGACCUUUGUUCUGGGCUCCCCCCCACUCUUUCAAUAAGUAUGGUUUCAUCAAGCACAUCAGUUCUCAACUCCAGACCUCUGAGUCCUUAUUAGUAAAAUAAGAGACUUGGACUAACUAGCUUACCUCUGAGGUUCCUUCACUGGGUUAAUUCUGUGAUACUCAUGUAGGGUCCUCUUGUCUGGAGAGGGGUGAGUGAGGUCCAAAACUGGGUUGAGAUGGUGGCUUCAUACAUGUCCAGAAUCUGAUCUUUUGGAAACUCUUCAGGGCUGGAGGAGUUGGGCCUUUCUUUAAAACGAAAGCCAUUGUGUUCUGCGUGGCAGGACAGAAGUGGGUGUUUUUUAGGGUAAAAGGUCCAUCAAUUGAACUUGCAGUGCCAAGAUGCCAUAUUAUCCAGGCACGCUCAGCAGUCCCUGUCCUGUACAACUGAAGAAAGGUGAAAAGCAGACAUUCCCCCACUCUGCAUGGAUGGAGCUUUUCCUCUCUCUGCCCUCUUGUUGCACAGCCUGUCAGACCGGAGCCAUUAGGAGCCAUCCAGCAACCCCUAUUCAAUCUCACCCACCCCUUAAGGAAAAAAAGAGCAGUGACAGAAAUGACAAAGCACAUUACCCUGGAAAUCUCUUGGGUCUGGGUAGCAGUAUCUCUAGCCAGGCUCCUCUGAGGCUUGUCUGACCCAACCUCCAAUGUAAUCCUUUACUUCUUACAGAUACAAGGGAUAAAGCAGCACUACAUGACUACAUCCAAAUGGCUGUCCUCUGAGAUGGGAGUAUCUUCUCUUUCAGCCAUGUCACAGCCCAGAGUAGAAGGCUGCAUCCCUGUGAGAUAAGAAUGCUAGAUACCUCACUGACCCAUAAGUUCAUAUACCAGGGCGUCAGAUGAGGGAGACGGAAUCAGGGAAUCAGAAUGAUUUCAGAAGUGUGGGGCAUAGCUGUCUUACCUCAAAAGUUUUCAGUCCUCGCGGGGAGGCAGACAUUACUUAGAGAAGAUAAAACCCCCUCUGUGUGGUAACUGCCUUCUGUCCAGUGGGAAUGAUACCAUCUCUACCUGACCAUCACUGCACUCCCCCAGAGCCUCUCAGAAAUCCCAGGCUGGAUUUUUUUCAGUAGCUCUUAGAUUUCUCUUUACCCUGAGGACAAGAUUUUAGAAUGGGGGAUGAUGGGAGGAUGUUCCUGGGCACACUGGAGGGAAUAAAGCAGUGCUCUGCAUGUUCUUCACUCCCUUUCAGGAUGGCAGCGAGGUACCCUUUCAGCUACCCGUGGAUAAGGAUGCAAUCUAGUCUGGCUGAUAGGAAACCUCGGAGAAUUGAAAUUUUCCUUUCUUCACCAGUUCCUGGCCCUUGGCUUCCUAAAGGUUUGAAGUAGAGUUAGAUCAGUGUUUGUGGGUAUGAAAACACAGGGCCACGGGAAGACAGCGGCUGAAAAAAUCAAAAGCUAGUUCCUAAAGUAGGUCCAGGGAAGGUAGAAUUGGAGAGGUGUUUGGACCUUGGGGAAAACUGUACAAUUUGAUCUAUACCUUCUGUCAUCCAAAAUCACCUGAAUGAGUAUGCGGCAUAAACACUGUCCCUUCUUGAAUUCAGCCAGGACUGACCUGUAUACCAUAGAUAAAAAACCAGGGCGUAGCAGCUCUGGGGGAUGGGAGGAGUUAGGGUCCAGCCCAGCCCAGACCUCCCCGUGUCCAAUUUCUCUGUGUCAGCUGUGUCACUCAGCUGUCCACUUUCCUCCAGCCCUGUCAUUUCAGCUCUGACACCAAGGCGAGAGACUGGGAGGUCUACAAAUAACGUCUGGGUAGCCGGUGUGAGUACAGAGGGUACUGGGGGGGCUUAGCCCCCAAGGAAGAGGACCAGUCCUCCCCCAGCACCACCAUCAAGACCCCAGGGGCUCCCUCUUCCCUCCACAGACUGUGGACUGACUUAGGGAAUCCCAAACGAUGACAGAAAAGGAGGUGCUGGAGUCCCCUAAGCCCUCCUUGCCAGGAGAGACUCGGCAAAGUGGGCUACAGCGGCUGAAGCAGUUAUUCAGGAAGGAGUCUCGGGGAACAAAGGAAAUGGAGCUUCCCCCAGAGCCCCAGGCCAAUGGGGAGGCAGUGGGAGCUGGUGGGGGGCCCAUUUACUACAUCUAUGAGGAAGAAGAGGAAGAAGAAGAGGAGGAGGAGGAGCCCCCCCCAGAACCUCCUAAACUUGUCAAUGACAAGCCUCACAAAUUCAAAGAUCAUUUCUUCAAGAAGCCCAAGUUCUGUGAUGUCUGUGCCCGGAUGAUUGUGCUCAACAACAAAUUUGGGCUUCGCUGUAAGAACUGCAAAACUAACAUUCACGAGCACUGUCAGUCCUACGUGGAGAUGCAGAGAUGUUUCGGCAAGAUCCCCCCUGGUUUCCAUCGGGCCUAUAGCUCCCCACUCUACAGCAACCAGCAGUACGCUUGUGUCAAAGAUCUCUCUGCUGCUAAUCACAAUGAUCCUGUGUUUGAAACCCUGCGCACUGGGGUGAUCAUGGCAAACAAGGAACGGAAGAAGGGCCAGGCAGAUAAGAAAAAUCCUCUAGCAGCCAUGAUGGAAGAAGAGCCAGAGUCUGCCAGACCAGAGGAAGGCAAAACCCAGGAUGGAAACCCUGAAGGGAAUAAGAAGGCUGAAAAGAAGACACCUGAUGACAAACACAAGCAGCCUGGCUUCCAGCAGUCUCAUUACUUUGUGGCUCUUUAUCGGUUCAAAGCCCUGGAGAAGGACGAUCUGGAUUUCCCGCCUGGAGAGAAGAUCACAGUCAUUGAUGACUCCAAUGAGGAGUGGUGGCGAGGGAAAAUAGGGGAGAAGGUUGGAUUCUUCCCUCCAAACUUCAUCAUUCGGGUCCGGUCUGGAGAGCGUGUGCACCGCGUGACCAGAUCCUUCGUGGGAAACCGGGAAAUUGGGCAGAUCACUCUCAAGAAGGACCAGAUCGUGGUCCAGAAAGGAGAUGAAGCCGGCGGCUACGUCAAGGUCUACACCGGCCGCAAGGUGGGGCUGUUUCCCACCGACUUCCUGGAGGAGAUUUAGGCGUGCCGGCGCCUGCGGACGGGAUAUACCCAGGCCCCAUUCUGGGCAGGCCCAGUGGAGGUUGGGGGAGGAAAGGGGCGAAAGCAACUAUGCUGGAUGGGGGAGGGGAGGGAAAGCCCGCCGGAGCUAGACGGGGCUUCGGGUUAGGGACUGGUUCCUGCCCACCCACCCCCUCCCCGGCCUCGGGCUUUGGAUACCUGGCGGGCAGAGCCGCCUCACCGGCAACUCCUCAGGCCCAGCCCUUGAGAGCUGGAAGAAGAACGCGUCUCCAACAGGAGGCGCCCCGGGGGUGUGGGAGGAGAACUGUCGAACGCUGCGACUGUAUUAAAGUUUUGAAAAAAGUU